ACGACGGAAGUUAGCAAUACGUACAUUGUGCUACCUGUCCUGCGGCCGGCUCCAGCGCUUGAUAAUCUCUUCUGCAGAUACUGGCUCCGCUCCUUCUACAACCAGCGCGUCCGCAAUGUUGUUCCACAAAUUCGCCCUUUUCACCGCUUCCUUAUAAUAUUUAUCUUUUUUAUUAUAAAUGAGGUGAUCGAGAAGCUGCUCAUUCGGUGGAAGUACGACCUCUCCACAGUAUUCUCCAGUGAGAAUAGAGACACCCUCACCAGCGGUAUUGCCCGGAACAGUUCAGCACCUCCACCUCCGCCGUCCAAGACCCCGAGCCGCUCGUACGGGCCUCCAACGCGCUCUUACGGGCCUCCAACACAAGAGGAGACCCGUGCGAGAGGCUACAGCGCUCCGUUCAUCAGCGCGCAGACGCUCGGCCAAUCACAGUUCAGGCCGAUUCAAGGUCAGCGCGGCCGGCCAAUCGGCUUCGACAGCGGUGUGACGUCAUCGGUCGGCUCGGCCUAUCAGAGCGGCCCGGGCGUGGUGUACAGUGUGCCCUCGACCCGGCAGAAGCCGCCCCCGGAGCAGCCCUAUAGCGGCUAUCGGGCGCCCAGCAACACCAACUCAAACACUUGGGGUUACAGUUUUUCGGUGCCGUCGUCGCGGCAGAAGCGGCAGGCGUCAACCGUUGGCCAGCUGUGUCCCACGGCAGGUCAAUUUGUAAUGCCCCGGGCGGGGCUCAACAACCGGGGAGAAUGGCGCUACUUGAUCAACAUGGGGGAGCUGGACCAGCAGUACACACAGCUCAUCAGAUCGGAACGCUGCCUGUCGAGCCAGUGCAGCGGCCUGUGCACUGUUCCUGCCGGGAUGACAGCUACGUGCCAGCAGCAAUACGUGCAAAAGAAAAUGGUCGGCCUGAACCCCAACGGUGGAGAAAUGUACACCGAUCUCUACUGGAUCCCGCAUUGCUGCGUCUGCCAGAUCUCGUAGAACCGGAGUUGGUGGGGUUUGUAGAAAGGAAGGAAGGCCAGUGAGCCGGGGUGUACCUCAGUUGUGGUCUUCUAGAUUCGGUAGACGCCAGUGGAGUGAAGAAUCGGGAAGUCAAUGGGCUGGGUCGACUUCAGUUGUGUUCUACUGAAUUCGGUAUAGACGCCGCGCGAGAAGGAAUGGUCUGCUGGAAUGACGCUUGUAGGGUCUGAUGAAAUCGGUAGAAACGGGUGGAAUGUGUACGACGGAACGUUGAUGUGAUCCCUACUCAUUGCUUGAUAUGGGUUAGCAGUUGUUGCGUUCAUUGAGAGAGAUAUUGGUAGAAGGUACCGGGUGUUUCUAACUAGUGACUGAUGCUCAGGCGCUUAAGGCGUCAAGAAGGUAAACCUCAGGCCAGACAUGAAAAAUCUCGGGAGCGCAGAGCGACUACGGACGGGCCAGGCCUUUCGAACAUACCGUGUAUCAUCCCACGACUGCUGAAGGAUCUAUGGCACGAUUUCAGUCAGUUGGUCCGCGUAAAACGUGCUAGAACAUCGAGCGUUUCACUAAGCAGCCACAUCUCUUCACCACUGGGCGAGGAAAGAAGUGUGACUGACGCGUCCAUUUCAAUGUCACGCACACGCGAAUCGUCAGAGAUGUGACUCUGCAGGGAUGAGCACUUUUCUGACUGUGGCUGAUGGACGCUCAGUGCUAGGCUAAACACUGAAGUCAGCUGAGAUAGUCAGUGAAUAGGAGAGGAUGAAGUCCGUUUCUAUCAGGAAACUGACAGUUUUUAUGUUAUUUGACCGGUACGGAUGUCAUCCUCGAUAGAACGUGUGAGGUCGUGUGGCGUUUUCACGAGUGGCGGGUCGAUAAAGGACUCCAAUAGAUGACGCGGGCGCCAUCUGUAGCUGAUUGAAGCGCUUCACGAUCCGACGAUGCGCGCAAAGUGUGUUUCGCGGAACUGCUGGUCCGAAUUGGCGGAGAACCUCACGACGUCUGUCGCAAGUGGGCUUGAGGUCUUGGUUGGUGAGAAUACCACUGUAGUGCGGACCUUAAAAAGAUAUUGUGUGAUGAGGUAUGAUAAGGAUACGUCGUGAUCAAUCCUCAGACGCGAACUCUUUGAGAAGAAUCGUACUUGUGGAUGUAUGCGCUCGUAACAAUACAGUGCGUAGCUAUUGCUGAGUGAGUGGUACAUUGAUGAUGGCUAUUUGAGCUCGUAGCAAUACAGUGCGUAGACAUUGCAAGUGAGUGGAUGUUGCAGUCUUGUAUCAUCCUCGUGUAUUGCCAUUGACCUCCGUAACAGCAGUGUGUGACUGAAUGAGCACGUGAAAUUGGUGUGACGACAGAUAUUGAUGUGAAUGGCGGACGGGAAGUAGUGUUUGCUUAGCGACUGUUGUCGGAUUUUUGGAGACUAUCAAUCGCUUUAAGCGCUUUACUUUAAUGAAAAACGCACGUCAAGCCUCCUCAAUACCUUUAACCCUGGAAAGCUGAAAAUAUCAUCUUACUUUCCUUUUUGACUUUCUGUUUAUUCAUAUCGCUCGUCUCGUGCCGUAUUUAUUUAUUUUUCACCUAGCGCUGAGUCAGGCAUAAAAAUCAGACUAAUUAUAUGCAGUUACUUGAACUUUUGGAACUCACCGAAAAUGGCUAUUUUUAUAUGGUAGUGUAGUAUGUGUUGCACAUGAAUUAAUUAUCGUAAAUCAUUUAUAACGGGUGGAAUAUGUGUUCAAGGGUAUAUGCUGCGCUGCCCGUUCAGUCAGAAGGAAUGUUUUGCAGAUAAACUCAAUGCAGACGCAAAAGUUAGCAUAAAUCAACUGACGCCCGGUAUAUGAUUGUUAGGCGUUGCCUAGCGCUGGACCGUCCGUCCAACAACAGUACUCCAACGUAUGGCACGAGACUGGGCUUCUUUUGACUUCUUUGUCGCUAUUUUUGAGACACUACCAACGCCGACGGCGCUGAUUUUGGGAAAACAAUAGGCCACCAAUUGGCAAAGGUUAUCUGUCAGUUGAUCACUUCAUGUGGUGGAUGUUUGCGAGUGUGCGCGUGUGUUUAUACACGCGCACACUCGUGAAUGUAUUUGUGAAUAUGUGCUUGUGCAUGUGUCUAUAUUUGUGAAUGUGCGUGUGUAUCUAUAUUUGUGAAUGUGCGUGUGUAUCUAUAUUUGUGAAUGUGCGUGUGUAUAUUUGUGAAUGUGCGUGUGUGUUUGUAUCGUAUGCGUUUGAUGUGAGCCAGCAACAAUGCUCACGCAGAAAUGGAAGGCGGGAUUUCACUCAGCUUAUCAUCACCGUAUCUACGCUGGUUUAUUGACUAUGGUGUAGUAUCUGGAUUUUUACUGGUUAAUCUAUAAACAGUGCUGGCGUUAGGCUGCUUAGAUAUUUUACUCAGAUGCAAGAAAACUUAUUUGACGUCAACCUCUACCCCAGAAAUAUGAUGAAGUAGACUCGUUCACAAACGGAUUAUGUUAUGAGCAUUGAGCAUCAUUUUUAAACCCGUUAGUACUAUGCGCUUUUUUGCUCAGUUCUCUUGGGUAAUUGAUUCUGGACUAAUAUAUUUAUUCAGGCACACUGCGUGGGUACCUAUUUCGUUGCUCGUGUCAUGAAUUGUCACCACUUGUUUUUCGCAUGAAAUAAAGUUGCAACUGA